GAGGAGUAAAAGCUGUGCAGUUCAGGAUUUUUUCCUCAGCCCUGAAGAACCCUUGCGUAUGCCACCAGACUGUUGACAAUCCCUAUGUACCAGGCUGCUCCAACUGCUCAUCACCCUGCAGUACAAUAACACCUAACCAAGUGAAGACAGCAGGUGUGCACAAAUGCUGUGCCCUUAAAGAUAGCCGUUUCCCCCCCAUGACGAGGGAUGAGCUGCCACGGCUUUUCUGCUCAGUGUCUCUACUCACUAACUUUGAAGAUGUAUGUGACUACCUGGAUUGGGAGGUGGGUGUACAUGGCAUUAGAAUAGAAUUCAUCAAUGAAAAAGGAUCAAAACGCACCGCCACCUACUUACCGGAGGUUGCAAAGGAGCAAGGAUGGGACCACAUUCAGACCAUAGAUUCCUUACUGAGGAAAGGAGGCUACAAAGCUCCAAUUACUAAUGAGUUCAGGAAAUCUAUAAAACUGACCAGGUACCGAAGUGAGAAGAUGACCAUGAGCUACACCGAGUAUCUUGCCCAUCGUCAGCAUCAUCACUUCCAAAAUGGCAUUGGGCACCCCCUUCCACCAUACAACCAUUAUUCCUGACACUGAGCCGCAUGACCAGUCACUGGACCUCUCUGCAGACCUCUUCCCAGGAGACCCUGCCCCUUCUUGGUCUAGCUAUCUCUAUUACUGUACCAUUUUAUGAUGAUAGUUUCCGUUGCCAUGUUGAUGCUUCUCAUUGGCUAAGCUCAUCAUGGCAACGGUGGAGAAAGUGAAUUAUUACAAAGAUCCCAUACUUUUUUAUUAAGUCACUGCAAGUUUUUUUGCAGCAUAUAUAACCCUUGGAUUUUUUAUAAAAUUAUAAAUUUUUACUUCAUUAACAUUGAAUUAUAUCAAUCAAGAUUUUCUGUGACUGUGGAUGGAAGGAAGAGUGUAAUGUUUCAGGGUUACAAUUAGGGAUUUCAUUUUUCUGAAUAAGGCGUUUUUGGCUGUUAUUAAUAGUUGUAACAGGGAACGAAACAUAUCAGAUUCAGGUAUUAUUAAAUUAGAAAAUGAAUGACAUCUUCAGCAUAAGCCUUCUAAAUAAUGCUAAGCAUAGAGUUUCUCACUCCUAUAAGUAACGACUUUUUUCAAGUGGUUAAAUUACCCAAGCCUCAGAUCCAGUACUUCCAAGCCAGAAUUUGAAAGGUGAUCUAUAAAAUGCUUUUUGGCAUGAAGAGGAGCUGCUGUGCCUAGCAUAAGAGGCGGUGAUUGUAGGAAACAUUUUCAGGAUUAUUUUGUCUAAUUACAGAUUUUAAGUACUAGAUCCAGGAGGUACUAACCACCCUCAACACCCAUCCCAUUACAUGGGAGUUGUGGGCACUAUGGCCCUCAAUGGAUCAAGCACCAAACCAGUGUUUGUAAUAAAGAGAAGAGAUAGAUGCCUUUCUAAUGGUCUCAAUAUAGGAAUCACUUUUGUUUUAAAAACAAGUUGGUGAAUAAUGAAUAUUAUAUUAGGAAGAAAAUGGAUUUAGAUUUUAGUGCCUUUGACUAUGACACAACUGUACAGUUAUGUAAACACUAUAGGAAAAUAUACAGCAAAAGCACCAGAUAAGUUAGCAAACAUCCUAAGUUCUCUACUGAUCUGGUGUCUUUUUUUCUUUUUCUUCCUUUUUAAUUUUUUUUUAUUAACUGCAAUUCUUUUAAGUACCAUGAAGCAGAAUCUCUCUUCUCCCCACUGUUUCUUUUAAUUGCAGGUUUCCUAUGUUUCAUUAAGUCAUGAUUAGUCAGAUAAAAUGGAACGGUUUGACGGAAUAGUGAUGGUGUUGCAGAAAGAGCACAGGGCAGCUAUGCCAUGAUUUUAGGUGUCUUUUGCCUGAUACAGGAACAGUACUGGAGAGUUACAGGUACUGUGAAAUAGUUGUGAUCUAACUUUUCUGCACAGUGUAGAAGAGAAACUUACUUUAUUAACAAGAAUUUUUGCAGCUGUAAUAAUGGACGUGGAAUUUAUAAAAGGUAUGGAUGGCAGAGUAGCAAGCCAUGAACAUGGUAAUGCUGUUAGUGAACAGGCAGAACUCCUAUUAACACCACUGGUAGUUCACUGUGAGACCCAGGGGUUAUGCACCCCAUUUAUCAUAAGAAAAUUCCUCUUCAUGUUGUAAAAUGCAGAAAUUCCCAGCUAUUACAAAAUAAUGGAUGUCUAUAUAUAAAAAUAUUUAUGUAAAUACUAGACAGAUAAGAAAAAUAAGAGUGGUUUACUGGGAAUACAGUUGCUGUAACAAAUGGCAGACUGUUAAUUCUAAAACACUUUCAUAUUUCAAAAGAUAAUCUGAUGAAUUGUUACUGUUCAUCUGUAACAUGAGGCAGGAUUUGCUGCUUUAGUUUGAUGGUUCUUGUAGGUUUUGGUAUUCCUUCAUCCACAGCAUCUGAUGUCCAAAUAUUAACACUUUCCGUUAUGAUGCCUUAAUUUAUAAGCAAACAGAGGGCCUGAAAAUUCAGUAGCCAAGAGGUGUCAGGCAGCUGCUGCAAAAAAUCAAUAGAUGUUUAUACAGAGGAUAUUUUGGAUGCUGCUGCUGUCUUGUUUCUACUUGGGGAACAUUUUAAAAUAGAAUAGCCUUUAAAGUAGAAACUGAAAAGGUGGCUACCUGAUUGAAAGAUUUUUUUUCCUUGCCCUUAUAGGGAAACUGAGCACAAACUGAAUAAUACUGUCUGCUGCAAAAAAAGUGUCACCCAACCCCAUCUUUAUCCAUCAUCUCGUUACAGCAUGCUCAUGCUUCUGUAUGAGCUCAUUGUUAGAAGUUUUUUAAGAAGAUCUAUUAUAAAUAAAAAUAUAUAUGUAUUUAAAGGUGCUAAUCAACCUUGAGCAGGUCACGUGACUGGUCAUGCGGACUCUAAAUCAUAUCAGAUUUUUUUAAAAAUCCUCGAUAUAUGCAGAUGUUAUACAGAAUUUCUUACCAGUGUAAUAAUGAUAUACUGAUGAAAUAAACAAUCCUGCAGGCUUUGAAGGACAAGGUCAGCAAUACUUCCCACCAUGGUUUGGGGGGGGAAAAAAAGGAUAGUUUUUGUCUCCUUUUUGUACACAGCAUAAUGCACAAUGCAUUUGUGUCUAUAUUUCAGUAGCUGUUGCUUCAAAAAUAUUUCAAAGGCUGUAUACAAACUGUGAAGGUGUGCUUCAAAUGGAUUAAUGCCAGACCCUUCUGGACCAGAGUUCUGUAUCAUUCGUUUAAAAAUCUGUUACAGAUAACAUGGUCAAUCAGCUUCGUUUAAGAUGCACAAAAAUAUACUGGUUUCUCUUUUUUUUUUUUUUUUUUUAUGCUUAGAAUAAUCAGUCUCUCUACAGUGUUUCUAGGGCACCUACCUCCUCGGUAUGUAAGUGCCGAGAAUGCUAUGGAUUGUUUCUUAUGUAACUGUGGGUUUAUUUGUACAAAACACACAUACAUUUCAGUGUGAUGCACUGGGACAGAAUAGGUCUGUUUACUUAAAUCUGAUCAAGAAUAGCAUUUUGAAAUCUAGUUCACAACUGUAACUCUAGCUUGCAUGUACUGCUAGCCCAGCCCAGGGCUUAGCGGGAAGAUUUUAAUUUUGGGUACUUUCUGCAAAGUUAAAUGCAACCACAUAGCUGGUUAUGAGUUAAUGUUUUAGCUGAAGACGAGCAGUGAUCUGUGUUUGCCUUAUUUCAUGAAGUGGUUUUCAAAUUGUUGCUUUAAAGCUUUCUCCUUGGAACCAUUGCUGUAAGUGCGUUAGCCGGAGCUGCCCCUCCAGCUAACGUACAACUCUUGCUCAGUCAUGCUUCAAGUGGCCUUCCUUCUGCCCAGACUGUGCUGCAGCACUGACACAUCCCGCCACCUCCACCCCACCGCUGGUCAUAGCAGCAGGAGGGCACACUCGAGAGUUUGAUCUGUUCUGCACAAUUAAAUCAAGGCAAUCGAAUACAGUGGCACACCCUGAUGUUUGUAUAUUGACCUCUUUACUUGUCUUCAAACGUGCGGGUUUUUAAAAUUGUCGUCUGGAGUAGAUUACAUCUCUUGUGUGUGUUAGAUCGAACCAAAGAAGCCUCCAGCCAUGCCCAAUGCUGCUCCUAAGCCUGCCUUCCAGUCCUUACGAACGCCCUGCAGGAUUCAAUGGGUUACCUUUUUUAUUUUUGUACAGUUUCUAACUGAUUUUUGCUAGUGAUGUUAAUUGAAUUAAGUUUAUUUGAGGAGUCUGAGGACUUCCUCCAGGUAAAUAAACUGGUGACUUUCCUUUUAUGUUGAAAAUAAAUAAAUAAGAAACCCAAAGUGUGCCUCUCAGAUUUAAGGGUUUCUGGUUACAUUUAUUCUUAAGACCAGCAGUGAUUCUUUAUAUACAAAGAUACGUUUUCCUCGUUUUUUAUUACUGUUAAAGAAAAAAAAAUAAAAACCUCUUUCUUUGCUCUGGACCCAGUAACUGCGCUGGUACAUAAACGCACUGAGAAAACAAACUUUUGUUUGGAACUUUUGUAACAACUUAUGACUGUUUUUGUAUAUCAAAGUUGAUUCUUUUCAAAAUAUUUGGAUCUAGUUUCUAAGUUAUUUUAGUGUUUUAUAUGUUAUGAAAAAGAUUACGUUGCAUUGUUCACCAGCAUAAUGAGUUACCUGGAAUGCAAUGGUGACGUGCCGAACGGGCUGAGAGCUACCUGGAGUAGCUUGUAAGGCCCCUAUUUUUUUUCCUUCCUUCUAACUUGAUUAUUGAUUACAAUAAUAUUGCAGAUUACCUGAAACCCCUUCCUUUUAACUAGAUCCUCCUUCCUUCCACAUUUAAUUGCUAUUAGUGUGAAGAAACUGUUGAAAUGGGCAUUUUAAUAUAAGUACAGCUUAAAAAAGAUAAAAAUGAGGAAAAAGCAAAAAAAAAAAUUCUAUAGAAGGUUAUCUGUGGGUCUGUGAGAUAUGGCUGUGGAAAGAUAUUGUAGUAGUUUUAACACUAUUGUUAUUACCUUUUAAAUCAUUUACCCAAUAAAAUAAGGAAAAAGAAUCGC